CCAUUCUCGUAGAUCUCCGAUUCUACGGUUUCGUAGCGCUCUCUCUCUCUCUUCUCUCUCUGUCUAUCGCUCUCACUCUCGUGCUCGCUCUCUCUCUCUCUCUCUCUUCGAGCGGCCAUGGACGCUGUUGAGUCCGUUGUCGACCCCCUGAGGGAGUUCGCGAAGGACAGCUUCCGCCUCGUCAAGCGCUGCCACAAGCCCGAUCGCAAAGAGUUUUCGAAGGUGGCGGUGCGCACGGCAAUCGGGUUCGUGGUAAUGGGAUUCGUGGGGUUCUUUGUGAAGCUGAUCUUUAUCCCCAUCAACAACAUCAUAGUCGGAUCUGGUUAGAAGCGUUAGGCUUUUUCAUUUACCAAAUGCUCUUUUGGAGGAGAUGGUCUGUGAAAGUAAAAGCAGAAUCGAGGCCAAGAAGCAGAAGUGGAGCCAAGCAGAAACUUCUUUAGGGACCUGAGAGGAAUUAUAUAGGGGGGUUUAGCUCAUGAAUCCUUAGAGUGUUUAGUAAUGAGAUCUUGGUACUCCGUUCUUUGUUCUGGCCUUGUAUUGCAAGAGAAGAGAUUGACAAUAUUUUUCCACCAUAUUUUCUUCUUGUUUGCUUUUUUCUUUGAGCAUUAGCAGAUCGAUGGGCUUGUUUUCCUAUAUUUUUUAGGUCGCCCUAGCACUCCUUUUGAAUUUAGCUAGUUGUUAGGUGUUGCUCUAAGGUUGAAUUAUGAUUAAGUGAUAGGUAAGCUUGUUUACCCUAUUUAUGGACUAGGAUGUUAGGGACAAAUGAUGUGAUAAUGCCUUGAUAUUUUUUUUCGAUAAAUAGUUUUCAAAAAUAAAUUCUUCAACACAGAUCAUGUCAUCUGAUGCCAAAGAUUUGGAGAAUAUUGUGCUGUAGAGAAGCCGGUCAAUAUUCACUUCUUUUCCAUACAAGAUAUGUUUGGCAUGGAAAAGGACUACAGAUGUUACUCUUCCUUUAUACAUAGUGAGUUCUGCUCAAGUGAAAUGUGCACUAACAAAAUAAAGAUUGAAGGCUCUAUCUCAUGCGUUCGUCACUUAUUUCAUUUCAUUGUGAUUUGGAAUCUAUUCUAUAGUUUACAGCUUUUUCCAUAUAAAGAUUGAUGAAAGGCUCAGAUAAGCCUUCAAUUUUAUUUUGUUAGUGCACUCUUCAUCGAGCAGCCAAUUAGGCUCUUACAAAGUGGCCUAUUACACCAGAAACAAAGUAACGGUAAGGCAUAAAAUAUGUUUUUAAUGACUUUUGAUUGCACCAAUGUGGAGGAUGAAGUGGCUCACAGAAAAUUAAAAAAUAGAAAAAUAUAUAAGGAUAAGACCUUGUGAUAUCCAUCUGCCUUGACUAGCCAAUUCUUUCCAAUUAUAGUCAUAUCCUACCUUUUUGUAUGGACAUCAUUUUCUUUGACCCUUAGAGUGCAUUUUGUUCGCGCUAUUCUACUAGGAUUACCUCCAGAAAUCUUUGUAGAUUACUGUGUUUGAUCCCUCUUUUGUCCUUAUUGUAAUAUAAGAUUACGAACAGUGCGGGAUUACCUGAAAAAUAUUACUAGGGAGGAGUGAGUAUCUUUCAUUAUUGAUUACGAGUAAUCCCGCAAAUUAUGAAA